UUUAUUGUUCCCUAUUGAAUUCAUUCAACCUGCUUUAUAUGUCAAUCCUUUUGAAUAUAUAUGAAUUCUAUAUUUGUGUUUUUUCUCUCUCAAAUCUCUCUGAUUCUGGCUUUAAUGCAAAAGGGGUGUUCUUUCAUCACAUUCGGCUUCUUUUUCAAUAGCACUUAAAUAAACACAAGACCUAACUUUCAGGCUGGGAUUAAGUUAGGCCUAAAGGCCAUAAAACCAUCAUUUGCAUUUGGAAAGAUGAGAGCAUUGAGAUUGAGGAAUUGUGUGUAUCUUCCUCUCUUAGCUUUCUUGAUCGUGUCGGUAUGUUUCCUACUAUAUCACUACCCUAGAUCACUUGAAAGGGGAGUCACAAAGGUGGUUCUGCUCAAGCAUAGAUCAACUUAUUACUCAGAAAAUGAAGAAUUGGAUAAUGUACUGUGGAGUGCUAAAUUGCCAGACAGAACAGUUAUCCUAACCAUGGUAGAUGAAUCAAUGGCAAGUCCUGGAUCUAUCCUUGACAUUUUACUACAGAGCUUCAAAUCAGGUGAAGGGACCGAAAGAUUGCUGAAUCACUUGGUGAUCAUAUCCAUGGACCCCCAAGCUUUUGAGUACUGCAGUUCCUUGCACCCCUAUUGCAUCCAUCCCUCCAUAUUUCCACGUCCCAUUAUGACAACCCCAGAUCAUAAUUUAUUCACUUGGACAAGAAAUGAUGUUUUGUAUGAAGUGAUUCGAUUGGGUUACAACAUAAUUUUCACGGAUGCAGAUGUACUGUGGCUUAGAAGUCCGUUUAUAAACUUCCAUGCGGCUAGUGAACUCACAAUUUCAUGUAGUGAUGGACAAAGUGGAAGUGACCUGCAGGAUGGGGGGAUCUUCUUCUUGAAAGCAAGUGAGAAUUCCCUUGAAUUCUUCAAGUAUUGGAAAUUGACCAAGUUCCUGCAUCCAAACAAUCCCGCAGAAGAGUCCUUGUGUACAACAGUAAGUGUAAUGCAGGAUGCAGUUAGCCGGUAUAGCUUUGAUGUUCAGCUUGCAAAUACAAGCUCUUUUGGUGAUUUUUGUCAGCUAAAUAUGAACACGUUAAGGGAGGCUUAUACCAUUCAAGCUAACUGUUGUGAUGAUCUCAAAAGCAAAGUUCAUGACCUGAGGAUUGUUCUUGAUGAUUGGAUCCGCUUCAGAAAACGUGCAUCAGAGGGCAAUGCUUUGGACAAAAUGGAUUUGAGGUGGCCACAGAAGUGCUCCAUAAGAAACUAUACUUAGAAUCAUAUACAGUACUCAAGUGUUUGGAACGAAUUAAUGUUGAGAAAAACACCUUUUAGAUCUCCCCCUCCCCCUUAUAGCUGAACUGAUGUUACUCUUUCAAUCAAGUUUAAACUUUAAAUGUCAAUGUCUUAGGGAGCAUUGAAUCAGGUUUUUUUCU